GACCGGGCCGCCUCGCUGACAGCCACUGCCGGGAGUGUCAGCGCCGGAGCUCCGAGGCCGGUGCCACGGCCGGAUCAGGGGACAGUUCGCCCGCUCCCGUCCUCCUGGGGAGCCCCAACGCGCCCGGCCUCUCCGUGCACAGCAGCAGAGGCCAGAAGGCGACCGUGUGACGUGCGGUCCGAAGCCGCCCGCUCCUUCCGGGCUCGUCCCUUUCGCGGACCGACCCCGGGAUGUGGGGCCCGUUGAGUCGCAGCUUCGGCCGGGGCCUCUUGGCGGCCGCGGGCCGGCGGCGCCGGGGCUAUGCUCGGCUCCUGCUGGCGGGGCCCCGCGGUGGCGGUGGCGGCGGCGGCGGCAGCGGCCGAAGGGGCACCGAGGUGGCCGGCAAGCCUCCCCGCCUCGGGCAGGGCCGCUCGGGCCGCGGACUGUGCGUGGUGGCGCUGGCGGCUUUGUCGUGGUUCUUCAAAAGCGCCCCCGCUGAGGUGGAGGAGGAGGACGAGGAUGACGAAGAGGAGGCGGAGGAGGUAGAGAGCCCGCCCUCCGAGACCGAACUCCGGAUCAUCGAGAUGCUGAAGCGGGCCAAGUUGAGCAUUAUGAAAAAGGAGCCGGAGGAGGCAGAGCGAAUUUUGCACGAGGCCCUCCAUCUUGCUCAUAAGGCAGAUACCAGGAAGGCCAUCAUCUACACCUAUGACAUGAUGGCUAACUUGGCGUUCAUGAGGAAUCAGCUUGAAAAAGCAGAAAAGCUUUUUAAAGCAACAAUGAGCUAUCUCCUGGUUGGGGGCAUGAAGCAGGAGGACAAUGCAAUAAUUGAAAUAUCCCUAAAGUUGGCCAGUAUCUAUGCCACUCUGAAAAGACAGGAAUUUGCUUUUGCUGGCUAUGAGUUCUGCAUUUCAACCCUGGAGAGAAAAAUCACAAGAGAGAAAGCAUUAACAGAAGAUGCUAUGCCAGAAGAGAAGGCCAACACCCAUCUCCUGCUGGGCAUGUGCUAUGACUCCUAUGCUCGAUACCUCCUUGAUGUCAACCGACUAGCCGAUGCCCAAAAAAUGUAUGAGAAAGCAUUGCAGAUUUCCAAAGAGAUCCGAGGAGAAAGACACCCACAGACCGUGGUGCUGAUGAACGACCUGGCCACUACCCUGGAUGCACAAGGCCGCUUUGACGAGGCCUAUAUAUAUGUGAAAAAGGCAACGGAGCUGGCGAGGCAGAUUGAGCACCCCGAGCUUCACCGCGUGCUCAGCAACAUGGCAGGAAUAUUGAUGCACAAAGCGAGCUUUGUCGAAGCCAAAUAUGUCUACGAGGAGGCCCUGAAAGAGGCUGAGCUAAAGGGAGACGUGGCUUCCAUCGAGCACAUCAAGGAGGAGCUGGCCGAGCUGGCCAGCAGCCGUGGCCUUUGACUCUCUUUCAGCCAGGGGUAAAUCUCUCUGGUGGGUGAAGCGGGGUAUGUCAGUUACUGAGAGGAAGGCAGGUGUGACUCCAGUCAAUACCUAAACAGAUGGUUCCCUUCGUUCGUAUUUGAUGCUUAACUGUACCCCCUCCCUCUUCAAAAAUCAAACCCAACCCACUCCACACCAAGCCUUUCCCUAGGAAAAAAGCCCCUCAGUCUUGAGCUUUAUUCCGAGCGUUGGACUCUUCAGAGAAUGCCCCAUGAGGGAACAGACUGGCUUUGUGGGUACGGAAGGAAGUGGAGUUUUUGUGACUGUGCUACAAAGACUUGGAAAAGAAACCUCCUUUCCAAGGCCUGACUCGUUUGGGGGAUGGGGAAUAACAAGAGCAGGUCUCAGGAGAAACAGAUCACUGACUGGGAAUCCUGCAAUCCUUGGUGCGGAGUGCUUUUGCCCAGCCUAUUCAGAAGGUCAUGAAAGGCCUGGCCUUAAGUUUUUCAUUGAUUUCUAAAAACAUGACAUUAGUGACCACCUCUUUUCUGUGGCCUCUCUGCUUUUCUCCUCUUUGUGUAGAAAGAGCCUUUAGAUCUAAGAAAUCAGAGCUCGGAAUCUUAAGUUAGCUUCAUCACAAAGGGAAAUUUUGUCUUAUUGGGAUAUAUGCACUGCAUCACCUUUCACAGGUAACUCAUGGGUAGGAAUGGGUACCAAAGAAAAAAAGGGAAGAUAUUAUAAAAAGUCUCAGUCAGGGACCAUCAGGACUUUCACUAAAUUCCCACGUAUUUGCCACAAUCAUAAUCAGUGAGUUUGUUUUCCCCGCUAUCCCGAAUGAGGUUUUCACAAAUGGGAUGGGUAAGCAGGGCAGCUGAAAUGGAAACAUCUGCCUGUUCUUUGAAGUGCUCCUACAAUCCAAAUGGAUGGAUGGAUGGAUGGAUGGAUGAAGCUUCGAACUUUGAAGGUUCUUGGCUGCUGAGUAAAAGAUAAUAGGAAUUACUGAAGUUGUAGUUAAGCAGAGUGAGCUUUUAGUUUCUGCAGGAAUCUAUUUAUUGAUGUGAAAUUGUGUCUUUCAAACCUCCAGAGCUUUAAUUAUUUAUUCUUAAAUGAACUUACUGUAACUUUCUGUCUUAGGAAAAGGAAAGAAACCUGUCACUUCAGUUUCACCUAAUAAGGACAAGAGUUUACUUCCCAUGUACUAAUUUAAACCUGCUACACUUGAAAUUGAACAUGUAAGCAAUCAAAAUGUGUGCAUAUGUGUGUGUAUACACACAUGCACACACACACAAUCACAUCUCAUGAAAUUUACUCUUACAAAUGACCACUUACCCAGGGAAAAGUGACAGUUUAUCUACAUAACUAGUGACGAAUGUAAAUUUUAUUUAACUAUUUGUACACCAUGUGUGGAAUGGGUGUACUAGUAAUAUUUUUGGUACAUCUGUGGAUUAGAUGAACCUAAAUAAUAAACUAGACACCAAGAUCACUUAUGUAUCGAAUAAUUUUUUAAGUCUAGUGCUUUAAAGGAAUCCAAGUGCGCAUUUUAUUAGCUUGGCCAAGACGGAAAAAAUGUGAAAGUAGUAUGAGGCAAGUAACAAAUACAGAGGCUGGAUGACCUAUUGGAUGGAGCUGGCCUGAGAAGCCCUGGGUUCAAGUUCUGCCUUUGACCUUUUGGCCAUGUGACCCUGGACAGAUCUCUUCAUUUCUCAGGGGCCCUGGAUGCUGACCUCCUCUAGGCUCCCUGGUGAAAUGAAAUACCAGGUCUGGUCCCAAAGGAGAAAACAAAAAAGCGAGAGUUUCAGGGUCCAGGAACCUGGGGAAUGGGAGACUGAAAGGGGAAUUCAUAUAUAGGAUAAAUAGCAUAAGAUUUAGAAAGGUCUAACGUAAAUCAUUUAUUUACCAAUCUACUUCCUUCAAAAAGACCCAAAGCAAGACAAAAGUGAAUCUUGUCGAUGUAAGUUUUGGUGGGGAUGAAGCUGGGGUGCUUCACAAGAAUGUUUUAGCUAACCCAGCUUGCCUGGGGCUCUGGGGCAGCGAGAAUGGCUCUUACCAGGAGCCUGCAUCUCUAACCUCUUCCCUCCCACCCUUGCUUUGGCAAUUAGUUACUCCGGAGCAAGCAUAACCUACCCGCUUAUUUUUCCAUUUUAACCCAGAGAUUACCAGGGUGGCCUGGCUAUCUCAGGGGUUUGGGAAAAUUCUCUAUGUUGGAAUUCUCUUCCUUUGGAGGGAGCUACAAAUUAUAGUAUUGUUCCCAGCGAGGCUCAUCUGCACUGUUGUAAAAGGAGGCAACAAAGCAAAUGGAGAACUAGCUGAUCCCCUUUUAUUGAUUGGUCUGAAUCCAGAAAUCACUGGCUAUUAAAGACAUUGUGUGUGGGGGAAGGGAGGAUACGGGAAGGGGAGAAAUUAAAUGUUAUCAUUACACAUGGGUUUUCAAGUCUUAAAUGUUUUCAAAUCAGAAUCAGUGAACAUACCAAGAUGAAAACAUUGUGAAAGCACGGAUCAUAAAUCAGCACUGAAAAUGUCCAACUGCUUUUGUAACCAUGAUUGGAACAAAACAGAACCGACUCCAGAAAGGCUCCUGGCAUUAGAACCAAUCUCCACUUGGGCCCUGGGUGCUGGAGUCGAUGGAGAGGGCUGGUUCAAGGUUCAGUUCCAAGAACAGAACUUCAGAAGGCCAGAAAGUCUGUGAGCAGAGGCAGCUUCACUUGGAGAGGGAGGAAGGACCAAGAUGUGUCAUUUUCACAGAAACCACCGUGGCUACCAAUGCCACAACUCCUGAUCUAACUGGAGUGGAUGCUCUGGGGUUGCUCCACAAGCAAAGCCACUUGAAAUGCCCGAACUGUUCUUGUGUGUCAGAGAAGCAGGAACUGAGUGGCUGUCAUAGAGAGGAGUGAUUAGCUAUGUUCUGCUUGGCCCCGGAGGACAUGAACCGGGCAGAAGUUGCUGAGAAGUAGAGUGAGACUUGAUGUAGGAAAAACGUUUUUUUUUUUUCCCCUAACAAGUAAAGCUGCCUAAAAGUGAACUGAACGUGACAAGAUGGCGGGUCCCCUGCUCUAGAAGUUGAGCAACCUGUUGAGGGUGUUCGAGAGAGGAUUCUUGCUCAGGUAGAGUUGGACUUACUGGGUCAUGGAGAACGCUGAGGUUCUGUCCAAUUGUACAAACAGAAUUAUGUUCUCCCCCACCCCCAGGAGAUUAAAUAUAACAGUAUUUCAAAUUGUACAUGUUGUGUGGGGUUCUAUGGUUCCCUUUUCUGGGAGUGAGGUGAUGAGUGUGGCAAAGCACCACCGGUCCACAAUUAGAUCUGCAAAGUAGCCAAGUCUCUAUAUUUUGACCUCUUGUCAUAUUAAAAAUCGUUUCAGUAAGAAAA